AUGUCUCUAAAUCCGCAAGUGCAUUCGCAUAUCUGCGAUAUCAUAGACAAAGCCUGCGAAGACCAAAAGUCCGGUAUUCCCGGGACCACGGUCGUGGUCGUUGGCAAAGAAGGGAACGAACUAUUAGCUCACUCUGCGGGUAAGCGAGGCACGGGAUCCAAAGACCCCAUGAACUUGGACAAUAUCUUCUGGAUUGCAUCUUGCACUAAGAUGUUGGUUGGUGUUGCCUGCAUGCAACUGGUUGAGCAGGGUAUCCUCAAGCUGGAUGAUGCGGAGCAGACAGAGGGUCUUUGCCCUGAAUUGAAGAGUCUCAAGGUGUUACUGCCAGAUGGUAGUCUUGAGGAGAAGAAGCAUGGAAUUACCCUGCGUAUGCUGUUAACUCAUACUGCCGGAUUCGGCUAUACAUUUUUCAAUGAGAGACUGAGACAGUGGUCGUACCCGGUUGGCGUGGAUGAGUUCUCCGGGCGGAUUGAAGAUAUGAAGCGGCCUCUGCUCUUUCAGCCCGGUGAAGGCUGGGAAUAUGGCGUUGGUAUCGACUGGGCGGGAAUCGCGCUGGAACGCGCAGCUGGCGUGACGCUCAAUGACUACCUACAAAAAAACGUCUUUCUGCCCCUUGGAAUCAAGGACAUGUCAAUGAUUCCGAGCGAGGACAUGCGCCAGAGGCUGGCGUACAUGAAUAAUCGAAACCCAGAUGGCACCCUGAGGCCCCGGGACCAUGUUCUUCGAGCGCCUCUAGUUGCUGACUUGAAAAAUGACGCUGAAGUCGCCAGAGUAUUCAACAGCGGUGGUGCGGGCAUAUUUGCCAAGCCGCAGGAAUAUUGUAAGGUACUCGCUGUACUGUUAAAUGAUGGAACGUGCCCUAGAACGGGCAGCAAGUUGCUUCGCAAGGAGACCGUAGAUGAAAUGUUCUCUAACCAGAUCCCCCGGUUCCCCAACUACAGCCGUCAAAGCAUCCCGGAUGCAAAGCCGGACCUGACCAACCCCGUUCCCGAGCUAUACCCAGUUUCCGGGAACCCGCCACAAGGUUGGGGCCUCACGUUCAUGCUGAGUAACGGCGGUGCGACGGGGCGGUCGAAUGGAACAGGGCACUGGGCUGGGCUGGCGAAUUUGUGGUGGUGGGCGGACAGGGAGAAGGGUGUUGCGGGGAUUGUUUGUACACAGAUUCUGCCGUUUGUGGACGCCAAGGUGCUUGGGCUAUGGGGAGCAGUUGAAGCUGAAAUAUACAAAGCCCUCGAUGAGGCUUGA